GUGAAUAGGAGGAAGGGCGAGCACGGCCUCGCCGAAUCAUGUGACUAGGAGGAGAGGCUCAUCCGGCAUCGGCGCGUGAUGUGACUAGGAGGUGGGGCUAACCCGGCCCCCCUGAGUCACGUGACCAGGAGGUGGGGCUAACCUGCCCCCGCUGAGUCUUGUGAUCUCGGAGGUGGGGUUUACCCGGCUUCACUGAGUCAUGUGACGGGGGCCACAGGGUACCCGUUGCAGGAGCAGGCCUCGUUAGUAUUGUCCGGUGGGAGUCUCUGUUAACGGGUGGAAAUGAUGGCCCGUGUAGUGCCGUUUGGGUCUCUCCGAGCGGUGAAGUGGUUGCUCCUUGCCGUUUGUUGUGUGUGGAGCGGUGCGCAGGCUGACGAUGUUCGUGUUUACCCGGAGCUAUGCGGGUACACUUGGGAGGCGAUGGAUUCACACAAAGGAAUAUAUUACAAAAUAAAUCUAUGUGCCCCUUUAAAUUGUGGGGGUUUGAGUGCUAUCUGUGCUUACAGUACUUCACAAAAAGCCAAUCAUUCAGUCGGUGAUUUUGCACUCCGGACUAGAGGAGUACAUCAUAUUGAGUACAACACCACCCAGAAAUGUACAAAACCGAACUCUAAUCAGACUGUCCAAAGCAGCAUUAAUUUUUUAUGUGGAAAAACAUUGGGUAGCCCAGAAUUUGUGGCGACUUCUGAAUGUGUGCAUUACUUUGAAUGGAAGACUUUUGUAGCCUGCAAGAAGAGCACCUUCAACCCCCAAAAAGAGGUUCCUUGUUACGUCAUUGAUGAAGUUGGAAAGAAACGUGAUUUGAAUCCACUCAUAAAGAUGUCGGGAGGCUAUUUGGUUGAUUCUCCUGAUGAUGAUGAUUUGUAUAUCAACAUUUGUAGAGAUAUAGCUCCUUCAGGCAAGACGUCUGCAUGUAAAUCUAGCAGCAGUGCCUGUUUGUUGAAAGGAUCCACUGCAUUUGAUGUUGGACAACCAACAGAUGCUUUAAAACUAAUUGACAAAGACAGAUUAAAACUUCACUAUGCGAAAGAAUAUAAGGAGAGUGAAAAGCCACCAGCGUUUUGUGGCAAUCAUAAACCUGCUGUCACCAUUACUUUAAUCUGUCCUUCUGGAAGGAGAGAGGGUACAGAUCCCAAGUUAAUAGCUAGUACUAACUGUCGCUUUGAAGUUGAAUGGGUCACUGAAUAUGCCUGCCCCAGAGAUUACUUAGAAAGUCAUAACUGCAAGCUUGUAAGUGACCAGCAUGACCUCUCCAUUGAUCUGACUCCCCUCACAUUGCCUGCAUCUAGUAAUCCAUAUCACGUCGUCCCCAAGAAGAAUGACGACGCCACUGAUGAAUACUAUUAUUACCUGAAUGUGUGUGGACCGAUCAGUGCUGCUGUUUGCCACGAUGGUAGAGGUUUUGUAGCAGCAUGUCAAACUAAACCAGAUGUUUCUUUCAGUAAGGUUGCAGGACGAUAUCAAAAUCAGACACUCAGGUACUCUGAUGGUGAUCUUACAUUGAUAUAUCCUGAUGGUAAUUCAUGCAGUUCUGGAUUCCGAAGAAUGACAAUAAUAAACUUUUAUUGUAAUGAAUCAGCUGUUGAUGGAGGAAAGGGUAAACCAGAAUUCGGUGCUGAAGUUGACUGCACAUACAUUUUUGACUGGGGUACAAAGUAUGCCUGUGUGAAAGAAAAAGAAAACCUGCUGUGUGGUGCUUCUGAUGGAAAGAAACGUUAUGAUCUUUCACCUUUAACCCGAUAUGAAGCAAAAGAAGUUCCUGAAUCUGACAACACUCACAACUGGGAGGCACUAGAUAGCCUGGUAAAAUCUGAUCGAAGACAGAUCUAUAUUAAUGUAUGCCACAAGGUACUUCAAGAUGGUGGAGCUGUAGGAUGUCCUGAAGAUGCAGCUGUUUGUUCUGUUGGUGAAAAUAGCAAAAAGAACCUUGGAAAAUUUGUUUCACCCCCUACAAAGGAAGGCAAUAAUAUUCAACUAGUGUACUCUGAUGGUGAGCCAUGCGGAAGAGAUGGUCGAAGCAAAACUAUUAUCACUUUUAUAUGUAGACCCGGGGAUCUGGAGAGCCCUCCUAUCCUGAAACCUGGGAUCAAUGAAUGUUUGCAUGAACUGGAAUGGCGCACAGCUGCUGCUUGUGCUUUAUCCAAAACAAAUGGUGAUGAUUGCAGAGUUUCAGAUCCAGAGGCCGGGUUUUUGUAUGACCUUUCACCUCUAACCAAAGAAAAUGGGCAUUACCAAGUUAAAUCUGAGACGUACAAUUUCUAUAUAAAUGUAUGUGGCAAUGUUUUCAAGGAUGGCUGUGAGAAAAAUUCUGGUGCUUGUCAGGAAUCCCUGCUUGAUCAAACCUUUUGGAACCUAGGGGAGUCCAAUUCGAGAUUGUCAUACUAUGAUGGGAUCAUUCAUCUGGUUUAUACAAAUGGGACAGCAUACAACAAUGGGCAGCACGUCAGACGAUCCACACACAUAACAUUCCUGUGUGAUCGAGAUGCAGGUGAAGGACAUCCAGAAUUUGAGGAGGAAGAUGAGUACACUUACAAUUUCAAGUGGUAUACACAAUAUGUUUGCCCUGAAGUGCCAAUAGACUGUAUCGUGACAAAUGAGGUUACAAAGCAACAGUAUGAUCUGUCAAGAUUAUCAAAGUCCGAAGACAGUGAUGAAAGUAACUGGUUUGCAAUGGACACAACAUCAAGUAACCACAAGAAGUAUUAUAUCAACGUCUGUAGACCUCUGAAUCCAAUUCCAGGAUGUGAUCGCAAUGCGGGAGUCUGCCUGAUGGAGUAUGAAAGAGAUUUUGAUGCACUUUAUGAAAAAGUAUCCAUUAGCAAUCUGGGUAUUGCCAAAAAUGGCCCCAAGCUAGACACAGAUGGACGGAUUAUUUUGGAAUACGUAAAUGGUUCGGCAUGUGUGAAUUCCGAUGGUAAUAAAAUCUCUUACAUCACCCGUAUUCACCUGAGUUGUUCAAAAGAACUGUCCUCUGGUCCAAGGUUCAUUGAUCAUAAAGAUUGUGUGGUCACAUUCCUGUGGGAAACUGGAGCAGCCUGUCCUAUAACAACAGCUGAAGCUUCAAAUGAGAACUGUUCAGUGGAAGAUCCCAACUCUGGUUUUGUCUUUAACUUUCUGCCUCUGGCUUCAGACACCGGUUACUCAGUUACUGGAAACAACAUGGUAUUUAAGCUGAACAUCUGCCGUGGUUUAAAUGAAUGUGGGAAGAUAGGCACCAAGACAGCAACUGGAUGUGAGAUAGAUGGACAGAAACCAAAACAUCCGGUUGGAUUGGAAACAUCACUCCAAGUUUCCACUGAUGGUCUUAUAACUCUUAUGUACAAAGGUGCAUUGGAAGCAGAAUCAGGCCUCCGAGAUACAUUUAUCAUCUAUUUUGUCUGUGACACUACUUCGUAUCCUGGAAAGCUCAAGUUUCUGCGAGAAGAAAUUAGCACUACAACAGCUGUUCAUGACACCUACUUUGAAUUUUAUACGGCAUUGGCCUGUUUUCCAGCUCCUGUGAACUGCCUUGUCAGUGAUAUAGCUGGUAAUGAAUAUGAUCUGAGUGACCUUGCCAGGGACAAAGAACCUUGGGUUGCAGUAGACACGACGGAAGAUAGAAGUAAACGUACAUUUUAUCUAAAUGUUUGUAAGCCUUUGCCUUCAGUUCAGGGCUGUCCAGGUGGUGCUAUUGGAUCUUGUGUCAAGUAUGCUGAUAAAAGCCAGAGUCUGGGCUAUAUUCAGAUGAGUCCAAGGGCUGAGACUGGUUCACUCAGUAUUGUCUAUUUGAAUGGGGAUAAUUGCAACGACCAUCAGAAAUAUUCUACACGAAUCCUCUUCCAGUGUGACACAAUCUCAGGUUCUCCAAUAUUUCAGGAAAUGGAUGAGUGUGAAUUUCUUUUUGUGUGGAGAACUCCAGCUGCUUGUCCAAUUCGCAGAACUGAAGGUGAAAACUGUCAAAUUAAGGACCCAAAAUUUGGUUAUGUGAUUGAUCUGCGACCACUUGCUAAUGAGGAUCAGAAAGUGACAGUUGAUGAAUACACCUAUCACUUCAGAGUAUGUGACUAUUUGAGAAACCCUGACUGUGGUAGCUCUUCACAAGACGAGGAAAAUGCAGUUUCAGCAUGUCAGACAAAGCCACAUGAUGACUCUUUCAAGAAGAUUGCAGGACGCUUUACCCAGCAUUUAACCUAUGAAGAUGGAUUGAUAAUGAUAAACUACACCAGAGGAGACACUUGCCAUAAAAUUUAUGAACGGUCAACUGCCAUCUUGUUCUAUUGUGAUCACAGCCAAACACCGGGCAAGCCAGUAUAUUUGAGGGAAACUCCAGAUUGUACAUACCUCUUUGAAUGGCAUACAUCAUAUGCUUGUCCACCAUUCCGAUCCAUCGAUUGCACAUUAAGGGAUAAAGGUGGGAAUUCCUAUGACCUUACUCCUUUAUCACAGUCUCAAGACAACUGGGAGAUAGAACAGCAACGUGAUGUUGACCAGACAUAUUACAUCAACAUCUGCAAGUCACUAGUCCCAAAAAAUGGCAACUGGGCCUGUCCCUUAAAUGCAGCUGUCUGCCUGAAGAAUGGCAGCAAGUAUAUAAACCUUGGUGAGGUUGUUGCAGGGCCAAGGUGGGAAGAACAUGGUCUGCUUGUCCUACGUUAUCAAAAUGGUGACUGGUGUCCUGAUGGAAGACGCAAUAAGACUACAAGCAUACGUUUCAAAUGUGAUAAAGAUGCAAUUAACACAAAGCCAGACUUAAUCACUGCCAUUGAAAGUUGCGAGUACACAUUUUUGUGGUUCACUGCUUUCGCUUGCCCAGUAACCAGAAAUGUACACAAUGAGUGUGUUGUAACAAAUCCAAUUACAGGCCAUUUAUUUGACUUGAAUUCACUGCGAACAAGUCAAGGCUAUACUAUAUAUGAUCAUAAAAUCAGAAGAAACUUCAUUCGCCUUAAUAUUUGUGAUAAGGUGCAAAAUACUGGAUGUUCAGGGAAUGAUGUUGGUGUGUGUAUUCAAGAAGAUCAUGCAAUCAAUGCAGGGCGUUUCAAUACAGAAGUGACUUAUGUAGAUCAGGUGUUGAGGCUCACAUAUAGUGGAGGUGAUAUCUGCUCCAGUAAUCCUAACCUGCAUCACAGAAGUAUCUUCAGUUUUGUCUGCGGCACAUUUGCCGGAGCAAAUACUGGACCUGUACUGGUGGCUUCAGAUGAGCAGACAUGCACCCAUUAUUUUUCUUGGCAUACACAGCUGGCCUGUGAACAUGAGGUGAGAUGUUCGGUGAAGAAUGGAAGCUCGAUUAUUGAUUUAAGUCCUCUGAUCCAGAAGACUGGGUAUUAUUCAGCAGAAGAUGAAGAUAUUGUUGAUGAUAGUCAAGAUGACACUCCUGAUUUUUACAUCAACCUUUGCCAACCACUAAAUCCUAUCCCAGGGGUUGACUGUCCUCCUGGUUCAGCUGUGUGCAUGGAUCCUGUAAAUGGGCCACCUGUGGCAAUUGGUUAUGCUUCUGCACCUCCACAAAUUAAUUCAGCAACUCAGGACGUCUACAUUUCUUUCACAACCAAUGUUACCUGUCAAACAGAUCCUAAAUUGACUUAUGACUCCCUCAUAGUAUUCCAUUGUGUCAAGGGUGUAGACUUGGGAAGACCAAAAAUGAUGAGAAAAUCAGAAUGUAGCUUUGUGUUUGAAUGGGCAACUCCACUGGUGUGUCCAGAUUCAGUGAUUACAUCUGGCUGUUCACUAUUUGAUCAACAGUUACAUCACACCUUCAAUCUGUCUGUUUUAACAGGAGGGAAAUACCAGGUCAACUUUAAAGGAAGGACCUAUCACCUUAAUAUAUGUGCAGCAGUAACGGGUGUACCUGACUGUAAAAACAGCGCUGUCUGCUUGGUCUCGGGUAACGAAGCAGCAUCAUUUGGAAAUCCAAAAGCAAUGACCCUGGAAUACAAACACCAGGAUCAGGCCUUGAUGUUGUAUUAUAGGAGUAGUGAUCUGUGCCCAAAAGGAACAGCAACUCGGAGAUCAACAGUCAUCUUCAGAUGUGAUGAAACAGCUGAAAAUGGAAACCCCGAAGUGCUGAGUGAGAUCCUUGGUUGCUCAACAACUUUUGAAUGGAAGACUAGCGUUGUUUGUCCACCCAAAAAGAUGGAAUGCAAGAUAGUUUACAGGCAUAAGACCUAUGAUUUAAGAAUGCUUUCUUCCCUUACUGGAUCAUGGAAGUUUACAUCGAAUGGUGAUACGUAUUACAUGAAUCUUUGUCAAGGUGUUCGUGAAGGACCCACGGGCUGCCCUUCAUAUGCUAGCAUGUGCAGAAGGAAUAAAAAUGGUAAAACCCAAAUAUUGGGGCUGGUUCACACCCAAAAAAUCGACAUUCAAGGUGCAAAUCUUUUUGUGAAUUAUUCAAGUGGGUAUUUUACAUGUGGUACAGGAAAACACGCAAAGACGACAAUUCGCAUGCAAUGUUCAUCAACAAGUGGAGCACCAGAGCUGGAAAGCUUUGAUGAAAAGGAGUGUGAGUUUUUAAUUGUAUGGGAGACCCGUGCAGCUUGUGCUGUGAAACCUCAAGAGGUUUACAUGGUAAAUGCAACCAUUACAAGCCAGAAUGGCCAGAAAGCCAAUUUGUCAACUAUUUAUUCGAAAUUGUACAAAGCUUCAGGUGAUAUUAGAUCAAAUGGUGACUCCUAUAUCUAUGAUAUCCAGCUUUCUGGAAUCUCGAAUCCUGAAGAUCUUAAGUGCCAAGACUCCAAUAUCUGUCAGGUCAAAACUAACCAGCACUAUUUCAGAUCCAUUGGAAUAGCUUCUAAAGCAAAAUAUUACCUUGAAGAUGAUGACCUGGAUAUAGUUUUCUCUUCUAACUCGGUGUGUGGCCGCGACAAAUCCAAGAAUGUCUCAUCCACUAUAAUACUUCACUGUAGUGAAUUGACAGGGGAAGGGAACCCAGACUUCCUUCAUGAAACUUCAGACUGCCAGUAUCUGUUUACCUGGUACACAUCAACAGUCUGUGCACUAACAUCUGUCAAUCCUGCGAUUCCAGAUGAUAAGUCACAGAAUGGAGAUAAUAUCAAGGGUUUGUCCAGAAGAAGCAAAGCUGUGGGAGCAGUGCUCAGUGUGUUGUUGGUGGUACUGACUGCCUGCCUCCUCAUCUUAUUAUUUUAUAAGCAGGAAAGAAGGGAAAUUAUUAUGCAAAAAGUGACUGGUUGUUGCAGAAGAGGAGGUGGAGUUGCAUACAAAUACACAAAGAUUAAUGGGCAAGAGGACGGUGAUGAAAAUGAGACUGAAUGGUUGAUGGAAGAAAUCUCCUCGUCUGAGAAUGGACAGAAACCAGCAAAAGAGUAUCAGCAAAAUGGCUUGACCCAUGUCACUAAAGCUGUAAACGCUGAUGUAUUUGGGUCAUUCCCACUGGAUGAUCAGGACAGUGAAGAUGAGGUUUUGACUGUGCCACAAGUGAAAAUCAGCUCAACCAGAACAGGAGAGCCCAAGAUCAGGGGUAAUCAAAAGCAGCGGCAUCCACAAAACAAGCACUUUCAUGAUGAAAGUGAUGAGGAUUUACUUGGUUUAAAUAAUGAAAAGAAGGAAACAAAGGGAAAAUUGAAACCACAAAUGAAGCAAAACAGGCCAGCAAAUGACUCCACAAAUAUCACUUUUCAUGAUGACAGUGAUGAGGACAUGCUAAAGGGUUAACCAUUGUGCCUAUCUAAUAGCCUGAUAGGACACCCAGCCCAGCAGUCUGGAUGAGAGGAACUUGCCUGUCAUUUAUUCUGCUGAAUGUUUGAAUAACCCUGCUGAUUUUUUUGCAAAUUAUACGCAAGAAGGGAACUGCAUAAACGCUCCUGAUUGUUUACAAUAAUGUGUAAAGGGACAAAUCUUUGAUUUCCUAGCAUUUGCCUGAGGGAUAUUUAUAUAUUAAAGCUUGUGCACAUGGCCAUUUCUUUGGGGCAAUAAUUAUUGCACCUAAGUAUUGCAAAGAGCUCUAUGAUGCUUUCUUUAGCUUUGACCUUAUUCUUCUGACAAUGAGAAGGAAGGGGAGCAGAGUAAAAGAAUAUUUGUUACUUUGCAGCUCAAUAUCUUUGAUUAGCUUCCAUGAAGCACUGCCCUUUUUGCGUCAAUAUUUAUUGCAAGUUAAAAGAGGAAAGGGUUAGUGAACACUGGUACUUUCUUCAUCCUCCCAACCAGAACCGGUACAGUGAUGUAGGGAAAUGCAGAGGGUUUGGACAUAAUCAUCAUUUUUGGAAAAUUGUUUGAUUCAUAUACUGAAAGGAAACAUUUGACAAAAGGCUACACAGUGUUGCAAAAAAUGUGUUAAAUGCAAGUAUGAAAGUUGACAGGAAAUUUAUUCAAGAUGUGUCGGCUCUAAUCCUUUUGCAUGACCCUCCUAUGAAGUAUUUUUACAAUAUUAUUGUGCAUAUUUGAUGGAUUGAUACCAAAGUGCAACAAUGUGUUGGGCAGGUGUUUUUUUUUUGUAUCUAUUUCUGUUUUGGGUUCAAAGGUUUUUAAUUAUUUUCAAAUCAAAGAUGUGUGGUUUUUUGUUUCUACCGAAGGUUUGAUAAUUUUGUUGUAAUAUGAAGCACAACACCCAUUUCAAUAAAAGAUGAAAAUAUUCCAUUC